AUGGUGCCUAUGUUAGGUAUCCAACCUGUGCUCGAAAAAAGGCGAUUUACAUGGACAAGUCCUACCUCUUAUCAGGAGAUAAAGUCAUACACAGGCUUGUACAUCAUCUAUGGAGUGAACGAGACAUGCCACACCAAUGUCAAUACACCUAAGAUGGCCGGGCAGGACCUUAUUAGCUUUGCCGUGAAAACGCCCAUUCAAGCUUACGGGGCUUGA